AUGUCGCAAACUUCAUCGCUAGCCAGCACCAAUCUGUUCAAGCCAAUUAAGGUCGGCAAGGUCGAGCUUAAGAACAGGCUUGUGUACGCUCCAACCACGAGAUUCAGAGCCACAGAGGAAUUCGUGCCUACGGACUCAAUGCUCAAGUAUUACGAGCAAAGAGCCGAGAACAACGGCGGAUUGCUGAUUGCCGAGGCCACUUUCGCCGACUACAGUUUUGGGCUCUACGAAAAUGCCCCUAUGGUCAAGACUCCGCAGCAGGUUGCCGGCUGGAAGAAGAUCAUUGAGGCUGUGCACAACAAGGGGUCUCAUUUUGGCAUCCAGCUGUGGCAUCUGGGGAGAACAGCGGACCCGAAGCUGAACAAGGCUCGGGGCGUGCCAUUGGUAGGCCCGUCUGCCCUCCACAUAGACGAGACGGCAGAGAAAGCUGCCAAGGAGGCCGGCGUUGAGCUUCGGGCAUUGACGAUCCCGGAGAUUGAGAACGUGGUGAAGGAAUUCGCCGCAGCGGCCAAAAGGGCUAUUCACGAAGCCAAGGCCGAUUUCAUCGAAAUCCACGGCGCCCACGGGUAUCUUCUGGACCAGUUCAACCACGUGAACAUCAACAAGAGAACGGACAAGUACGGUGGCUCGAUUGAGAACCGGGCCAGAAUCACGCUGGAGGUGGUUGACGCGUGCAUCGAGGCCGUCGGGGCCGAGCAUGUGGGCAUUAGGUUGUCGCCGUACGCCAAGUUCCAGGGUGCACAAGGUGUCGACUCCGAGAUCCACCCGAUCGCUCACUGGGGCUACAUUUUGAGCGAGCUGGAGAGAAGAGGCAAGGAGGGCAAGAGACUGGCGUACGUGUCUGUGGUGGAGCCACGUGUGAGCGGCUCCGAGGACAGCCACGACACGCGCAAGUUCGACGUGUCGUGGAUCGGCGAGAUCUGGAAGGGCGUCCUGCUCAGAUCGGGUGCCUACUUGAACGAGAAUUACAAGUAUAUCUCCGCCGACGUCGACAAGGAUGACAGAACUCUGAUUGGCGUGUCGAGAUACUACACCUCGAACCCAGAUUUGGUGGAGAGACUGCAGAAGGGCAUUCCUCUGACUCCGUACGACAGGUCCAGGUUCUACAAGAGGGGAUCCAACGACGGGUACUUGACGUGGGCCAAACACGGCGAGGAUCCGGAGAAACUCAAGGAUCUGGCCGAUGUUCCUCUGAAACCUUUGGCAUAG